UCUGUGUUCCCACAGGGCUCCGCUGAUUCGUACACUAGCAAGCCGUCGGACUCGGAUGUGUCUCUGGACGAGGAGCGGGACGGGGGCCGGCAGGAGCGUGAGCAGCAGGCUGCACAGCAGCUGGAGAGGGCCAAGGCCAAAGCGGUUGCUUUUGCCGUGAAGACCAAUGUCAGCUACUGUGGAGCUCUGGAUGAGGAUGUCCCAGUGGCAGGCACUGCCAUUUCGUUUGAUACGAAGGACUUCCUCCACAUUAAGGAGAAGUACAACAAUGACUGGUGGAUAGGCCGUCUGGUGAAGGAGGGCUGUGACAUCGGCUUCAUCCCCAGCCCCCUCAAACUGGAGAACAUCCGGCUCCAGCAGGAGCAGAAGAGAGGACGCUUUGGCGGUAAGACCAGUGGGAAUUCCUCCUCAAGUCUUGGGGAGACUUUCAAACCCAACCCUUCCUCUGCAGGAAAACAGAAGCAGAAAGUGGCAGAACACAUUCCUCCCUAUGAUGUUGUUCCCUCCAUGAGGCCGGUGGUCUUAGUGGGUCCCUCUCUCAAAGGAUAUGAGGUGACUGAUAUGAUGCAGAAAGCGCUCUUUGACUUCCUGAAGCACAGGUUUGACGGCAGGAUAUCCAUCACAAGAGUGACUGCAGAUAUAUCUAUGGCCAAAAGAUCUGUGCUCAACAAUCCUAGCAAGAGAGCCAUCAUCGAGAGAUCCAACACCAGAUCCAGCUUGGCCGAGGUUCAAAGCGAGAUCGAGCGGAUCUUUGAGCUGGCCAGGUCCUUGCAGCUGGUUGUGCUCGAUGCUGACACAAUCAACCAUCCGGCGCAGCUCAUUAAAACCUCCUUAGCACCCAUCAUCGUCCAUGUCAAAGUGUCAUCUCCCAAGGUGUUGCAGCGGUUGAUCAAGUCACGUGGGAAGUCUCAGAGCAAGCACUUGAAUGUUCAGCUGGUGGCGGCAGACAAGUUGGCACAGUGUCCCCCGGAAAUGUUUGACAUAAUCUUGGAUGAGAAUCAGCUAGAGGACGCGUGUGAGCACCUAGCUGAGUACCUGGAGGCCUACUGGCGGGCGACGCACACAUCACUUAGCACCCCGUUGAAUCCCAUACUGGGAAGGAACCUGGGCUCCACAGCACUCUCUCCCUAUCCCACAGCUAUCUCUGGACUGCAGGGCCAGAAAAACAAGCAGAACAAUCACACGGGAGAGCUCUCCCCCGCCGAAAAACGCAGUCUGAUGACAGCCGACGAGAACUACCACAACAACGAGCGGGCGAGGAAGAACCACAACCGCCUGUCGUCCGAAUCGCAGCAGAGCAGGGACAACUACCCGCUGGUGGAGGAGGACUACCAGGACCCUUACCAGGACACGUACAAGCCCCACCGCAGCAGGGGCUCCCCAGGGGGCUACAGCCACGAGUCUAGACAAAGGUUAUGAGUUCAUGCCGCUCGAAAAAACAAAAGAAAGACAAAAAAACAAAUCAAAUCCACCGGUCUCUCUUCUCUGUAAAGCCCACACUGAAAGAGCUCUGAAGUGGCUCCUAUAAGGCUGUGUCCAGAGUAUUUGAAAGUGUAGUACCUCAGUUCGACUCCCAACAGUGUGGUGGCGACGGGCCUCAAAGCCAUAGCGAGCACCACCGCUUCUGCCCAUCAAAAACACAAGGCACUGAAUACUUAGAAUGGCUGGAUGGAGGAAGUGUAGCUGAAAUUUUCAGGGGCAGUGCAGCACAGGAUAGGUAUGAAGUUAGACGAGGAAGUAAGCAGACCAUCCAUGCCUUAGGAGCUCUCUCAGUGUGUAAACAAGUCAAGACUGCUGUGGCAUGCUGUUCCCGCACCCUGAACUGAUGCCAGCAUGUGGUAAUGCUAGACAGCACCAAGAGCCCCACGGUCGACAUGGAGCCUUUCUUUUUCUUUUUCUUUUUUUUCAGUAGCCAGUGGAAGCAGUGGAGUGUGAUACAUCUUUAAUGUUUGUUCAUUUGUUCCACUUGUCUUGGUUGGUUGUGAGUGUUUUCCGGUGCUCUGCAGGGAACGGGGGGGAGAAAGAAGAAGAACAAAAAAAACUGCUCACAGUCGCCUAAAUGCUAAGCGAAUCUUGUGAGGCUUGGACUUUUCCCCUUAGAUCUUUUCUCCCGAUUCAGCGCCAGUCAUUUCCAAACAAAGGACCAUAACUUUUCCUAACUGUUUGCUUUUUGCGGUUGAACCAGACUGCAUAUCGAGUUUAGUGUCUGCAUAUUGUUCAAGUCCACACGCCAAUAUCAUAUAUUCUAGGCAUGUGAGGACAUUUGUAGUGAUAAUUGAUGGGUUUCAGAGUUGAAAAUAAGUUGAGUUGUUAUAAAUGAUUCUGGUUAGGUGCCAUGAUUGGCCACAUAGUUAAUACAAAAAGCUGAAAGCAAAAAAGGCAGUAAAAUGAAUUUCAGUGAUCAAAUAUGAAUUUCAAUGAUUUCCUGAAUGUGACAAAAUACAGUAUUGUCAUCAUUUUUCUAUCCCUGUUCUCAGUGAAGUUGCCAGUGGAGAGUACAGAAAACUCCAUUGGGUAAUGGAGACAGAGCAUGGCUCCGCUCAGCGUAGGUCAAGUUUCACUGAUCACGUUACACUUGCAGCAUGGCCUUUUGUUAUCCGCAGAAUGAUCAUAUCACAACUUGGUGAGGUGGGGGGGUGAACAGCACUCAUAAGGAACUGUACUCAUAAGGAACUGCACUCAUAAAGAAACUGCACUCAUAAGGAACUGUUCUCUGUUAAUUUGUCGAAAAGAGCUUCAUAAAAGGCUUUUGUGUCAUCAGUCUUUUUUCUUUUUCUUUUUUUUAUCAGAGUAGCUUCUCAUGCAUUGGAUAAAACGUGAUGCAAUCUAAACCCGUGACGUUAAGCUCUGUGGUGUGUCAACACUCUCGGUCUCUGUUGUUGUGGAAGGAGGAAAGGGCAGCCUUUAACAGUUGUUUUUGUCUUUUUUCAUCAUUUCAUGUCAGUCAUUCUUAUUAUGAUUCUCGCAUGAACUCUCUUUGUGAUUCAGACAUAUACUACACAGACAUGUCAGACUUCUGAUAUCUAAUAUAUUAACUCUACACACCAGUGGAACAUUAAUCACAUGACCUGUGUCCAUUGUGUCAUACAGGCAUGCAUACUGUGAGGUCAUGUUUGAAGGUUGCUUCUCAACAUACACCAGGAUGAUUUAACUCGUUUGCUAUCCAUGUGUAUGUAACUUAUUACUGAUGAUAACUAUAUCAUAUGGAAUAUUUUUUAUAUAAUUUAAAAGUGCUAGUGAGCAGCUUCACGAUAGCACAUCUGAUUGCACUGUGGUAGCAGCAGAAGUAAGAUGGUAUGAUAUUGUAGUGUUGUACGUACAUGGACAAGAGAACCAUUGGUUCACCUACUGGAUACACCUGUGCAGAAGUAAAAGCUGAGUGGUUGUUAUCUGGUUAGGGGGGGCAAAUGUGGAUUCAGGGUAACAGUAGUGUGGCACUGGAGUGCAAAACACAAAAACAAAAUGUGAAAAACAAAAACUUGCAACCCUGAAAUGCAGCAUACAAAAACUAAACCCCGCUGUCCUGAGGUGUAGAUGCUACAACAUACAAACAGAAAAACUUCUGUUGACCUAUUCCCCUAAUUUUUUCAGUUUGUGCUGCAUUUGCACCUCAGCCCUAUUCUUUUUGUACGAACUGCAGGUUCGUUUUUGUAUGUUGCACCUGCACCUCAGAACCACAUUUGUGUGUGUGUGUGUGUGUGUGUGUGUGUGUGUGUGUGUGUGUGUUUGCAUUUUGCAGUUCAGAGCUGCAAGUUUUUUGUGUGUGUGCAGGUUUUCUUUUUUUUUUUGCACUUUGCGCCUGCAAGUUUUUGUGUUUACAUGUUGAAUCUGCACCUCAGGACCACAGGUUUUUGAUUUUGUGUUCAGCACUCCAGUGAUAGAGAUACUUAUAAUAGAGGUCUUUGAAUUUAUUGAUAUCAUUUUAAUUCAGGUCAGGUCAUUUAUUUUCUGCAGAGAAGUUAGCAACCCCAAAAGGCUUUUUUGUAGCAAAAAGGUAUUUGAAGAUAAAUACUUUUACUUUGUCCCUUCAUUCCUGGUUCAUCUUGUUCAGUCGUUUGUAUAAAAUGUAAACAAAUAAUUUAGGCAUUUCCAGAAAUGGGUUAUAUUGAAAUCUUGCUGAUAUUUUUUUCAAAAAGUCAAAAGGCCAGAGUUGAAAGUUUGACCAAGUGCAGUUGGAGAUAAGUGUCCUUACUGUACUAGCACUGCCAUACGUCACCAUCCAUUCCAUUCAUAUCUCCUGUUACCUAGGAAAUAUAAAUGAGUUACUCUGGGGCCUUCUGUUAAGCAAUUCAGGUAGAUUCACUCUCUUUAUUAUUUGACCCUUUCCCACAAAGAUGUUUUUGAGAAUAUUUCAAUCGACCGUAAAAUGUAAUGAAUUAAUUGAAUAAUCUUUAAUAAUGCCCAUACUUCGCUAACUUGAAAACUUGAAAAUGUAGAACCUUGAAACAUUUUUGUUGUAAAUAUUUAUGUUGAAUCUCACAGAAUGAGAGUUAUAUUGAGAGACCAGAUGAGACUUCCCCUGACAUAAAUACAUUCAUCAAUGUUUGAAGGUAGUCAAAGGUGCUGCUCUCCUUUUAGAAAACAAUAUUUCACAAUAAAGAACUAUCUGCAUCAAGGGAUUUUUGUGAAACGUUCUGAAACAGGUUCUUGUGCAUUUUGUUUGGUUGUUUCUGGGUUAAACAGAGUACUGUGAGCCCCACAUCUCUCUAUGAGUGAACUUAAACUGGUCGGUCUAUGUAGUGUGUAGUGUGCCAAAGCUCUCCAAAGCCCUUACACUUUGUAUCGACUAUAGGAAAUGUUGACAAAGCUAUAUCGUUUUCUUACAAGUAUCCCUGCCAAAGAAAACCUCUUCUUUCUGUACCUGCAUCUAAUGUAAAAAGACGUGGUCAUCUGUUUUUAGGCAUAAAGAACGCCAUUUGAUGUUGUCACUCUGUUAAAUACUGAUUUCUAGUAAGACAGUGUACUUUUUACUUUUUGUAACCCUAAAUCUUGUAUGGAUUUUGUUACAUCUCAACAGACCUCUUUUGUUCAGUAUCAUUUACAUGUAACCAUGACUUUGUCAGGGCAGAUAAAAAAAUGUACCUUCUUCGCAAUAGCCUAUUUCGGUAUGCUACUGGGUAUCAAACAUUUAGUGAAUUUACUUUGUGUUGGCUAUAACUGAGUUGGAUGCUAUCCUCAAUUUGAUACUCACAAUUAACCAACUUAAACCACCUGAUAAUUUAACUUAGUUUUGGAAAAACAAUGAUUAGGGAGUUCUCACCACUUCUGAAAAGGCACGUUUGUGAAAAGGAGACAUCGGGGUAGGCUAAAAAUGUCCAUUUACUAUGCAAAUGUGUACAGUGCUGCAUGUUGAUGCUUUACCUCCCUCUGCUAAGUAGCGGCUUCGUUGGAGUUCAAAUGAAAUUGUGUUGUUAUUUUUGUGAAAGAUGACGAAACGCAGUGCAAGUCUGCAUGCAUAAUAUAGAAUUCUGAGUAAUUAUUGAGAGAGAAUAUGUUUUAUGGAAAUUAGAAGUGUGAAAACUGAGUCUAGCUGCAUUUAAAACGGUUUCUUUUUCUAAAAUAAAGUGAAACUGAAUAACA